GUAACAUUUGCCCAGAAGCUUUGCGCCGACUACCAAACACGACAAAGUCGCAUUCGACGUUUACAUACGCAAAAAUGGUCACAAAAAGUAAACUAAAGAUGGCCCUUGCCGCCGAGAAGGGUACAGACUUCAAGAAGCUCAAGCUCCUGAAAAAGCAGAAGGAGGCUGAGAAGCGCAACGCUGCUGCUCGCGGGGCAGACAAGGACGACGAGAAGAAGAAGAAGACCAUUGAGAUUGAGGCUGAGUUUGAAGAUGAUGAUGACGAAGAGGAUGAGGAUGAGGAUGAGGAUGAGGAAGAGCCUCAGUACGAUUUGAACGGCAUCAACGACAGCGACGACUCAGAUUCUUCAAUCGAACUCGAGGAAAAGAUUGUUCGCAAGCCAAAGAGAGAUACACUCAAGAAGAGCGAAAUCGCAAAGCUAGCUGCUGAGAAAAAGGCUGCGGCCCAAGAGGACGACGAUGAGGAGGAAGAGGAAGAUGAAGAGGAUAUUCCCAUGUCUGAUCUCGAAGACCUCGAAGAUGAGGACAAGGAAGACAUCAUUCCCCACCAGCGCCUCACCAUCAACAACACAACCGCUCUCCUCGCCGCGCUGAACCGCAUCUCCAUCCCUACAGACAAGUCCGUCCCAUUCGCCACCCAUCAAUCCAUCAUCUCAACAGACUUGACCUCUGAGGCCAUCCCCGACGUGUCAGACGAUCUGCAGCGCGAGCUCGCCUUCUACAGCCAGAGUCUCGAGGCCGCUCGCUCUGCCCGCAAGCUUCUCCGAAAAGAAAACGUCCCCUUCUCUCGUCCCAAGGAUUACUUUGCCGAGAUGAUCAAGGAGGAUGCUCAUAUGGAGAAGGUUAAGGCUAAGCUUGUGGAGGAGGCGUCUAACAAGAAGGCUGCCCAGGAGGCUCGCAAGCUGCGCGAUCUCAAGAAAUUCGGAAAGCAGGUUCAGGUUGCCAAGCUUCAGGAGCGACAAAAGGCCAAGCGUGAGACUCUUGAGAAGAUCAAGAACCUCAAGCGAAAGCGCUCAGAAACUGGUGGUGCUGGUCUCGACACCAAGGAAGCCGACAUCUUCGACGUCGGUGUCGAGAAGGAAAUGAAGGGCCACAACCCUCGCGCAGGCGCUGGUCGCGGGCAAGUCGGCGCCGGAGCCAACCACAAGCGAGCCAAGAAGAACGAGAAGUACGGUUUCGGAGGCAAGAAGCGCCAUGCCAAGUCAGGCGAUGCCAUGAGCUCCGGCGAUCUCAGCGGCUUCGACCCCAAGAAGAUGAAGGCCGGCAGCAGAGUUUCCAAGUCUCGGCCCGGCAAGGCGAGGCGGAAGGCCAUGGGCUCUCGGUAAAGAGAGGGAGAGACAUUGCGUUGAUAAUCAUUAGUGAGACUGGGGGCGAGAUUGGCUUGCGUGAUGCAUUGCUGUUGAAAAGAAAGGCUAGAGAUGAAGUACAAGGGCUGGCGUUUAGGGUCCUCUUGCAUGUAAAUCGAAACCAUUUGGUCAUUAUUCAUAUUUUCUGUCACAACACUAUUCAUACUUGCACAAUGUGAUUCAUCUAGAGCAC